AUGGCACGAUCGAAAAAGCAUAAGAUAAAGAGCUUGGAGCCGCAUCAAACAGCGUCGAUCACAAGUUCACAACCACCUUCAGAGUGCUCGAAGCAAGAAGUAGAAGCCGAGGGACGCUUUCUCGACUUGAAGCCAGAAGCAACAAUCAACUUCAUGGCUCCAAAGAGUAUUCUGCCCAUCCUGCUGCCUCAAGCUGGGCCAAAAUGUCAACAUGCUUGUUGUACGCCAAUACCAAAUACCGCUCGGAUAGAUCACUUCGUUGACUAUCAUGACUUUCAUGCGGAGGACCUUGCCUGGGCUAUACAGAGCGGACUGGAACCUGAUUCAAUAGAGCGAUAUCUGCAGAAAAUCAACGCAAGACACAGGGUCCCAGAGCUUAACAGAUCCCUGAAAUAUCAGACUGGGGCUAAGACAGUCGUGUUACCACUUCUAGCGUUUGCAGUAGAACGCAAUUGCCCGAGAAUUAUCAGAGCCCUGUGCGCAGCAGGAGCUUCACCGAACGGUAGGAUGCAGCCCCACAGUGUACCACUCAUCGCCUACGCGGUGCUCAUCUCAGAGUACGAAUUUAGCGACACAACGAACGCUGUGAUGGCCUUGCUAGCCAUGGGUGCCGAUCCAAAGAAUAUUCCUUCUGACAUGUGGGAAGAACCCGUAAAAGCGCCCCGGAAAGAUGCUGAACCGAUGCCCAUGACGCUUAUUCCUUCGGACGGAUGGUGCGUCCCGGAGAUCCGAAAGGCUCUGGCAAGGAGUCUCAUUUUCAGUCAACGAUAUGGUCUGUACAAAGCUGCAAAUAUGGCGCAGCCUACCGAAAGAAUGUUGCAAGUCGCCAAGAGCGGUAAUAUCACGUCCCUUUUCGAGGUUCUGUUUCAUAUCAUUGGACAACAAGGAGCGAUAAAGGAAGUUCUAGAUUCGAUCCUUGACCAUUAUCUCUUCAAACGACAAACACCUCUGACCAUGUUCUUUACAGGAUUGAGUGGUCACGGCAAGACUGAGCUGGCAAAACAGAUGGGAUGCCUGCUCUCGCUGCCAAUUCAGAUCGUUGAUUGCACCACUAUGCGCAGGACAACCGAUAUGUUCGGCCCGAGUGCCCCUUACCAAGGCUAUGAAGAGGGAUCUCCGCUGAACAAUUAUCUAGCUUCUCAUAGUAACAAGCCAAUCGUCGUUUUUCUUGACGAAUUUGACAAAACAACGGAAGACGUACGGAACGCUUUUCUCUUGCCUUUCGAAUCAGGCUUCUAUGAAGACCGUCGUGACAAAAGAAAAAUUGAUUGCUCGAAAACGAUAUGGAUUCUCGCAGGAAACAUUGGAACACAAACCAUCUCUGACUUCUGGGACAGCCAUAUGAGAAAUACUACCGAGCAGCGAAAAGCUAAAGCCCCUUUUCAUCAACUUCAAGAGCGGUUACAAUUAGAGGUGGUGGAAAAUAUUGGGGGCCCUUUAGCAGGCAGACUCUCGCGAAUCAUUCCAUAUGUACCUUUUGACGAUCUGGAAAUGGCUGCUGUAGCUUAUAAAUUCAUGAAACAAGCCAAAAUCGAUGCAAGGAAAGACAUUGACGUGGAAAAGCACCAGGUUUUUCGACACCUCGUCGUCUCCUAUGUUGAUGAUGGGAAAAUUGCAUCUUCGAUAGCUAAACAAAGCUACGUCCCCCAACUUGGUGCGCGCUCGCUGCAGAUGGCCGUCCAACGAAUGAUUGAGCGUAACCUGAGCAGUUGUUUCCUUGGAAGUGGAAAAAUGGUGACGGACGCAAAGAAUAGCGGACCGUUGGAGAGCUACGAGGUACGAUUGAUUGAGAAUGAAGAUCUAGCUCAGGUCGAAGUCAGCAAAGCCGAGUCCAAAGUAAUUCAGCGUCGCGAGGAAAUCUAG